AUGGCUCGGAAUUUCAGAACCGCAAGCAAGCAACGAAGUCGACGAAAUCCAGACAUCAAACGAACCAAGUUGAAGAAGACAACGAGGGUUGACAGACCGACUAGCCCAUGGAAGACGCUGGGUACUGAUUAUGCUAAGAGAUACCCCCAAUUGUUUGAGAAGGGAAUUGGAACACUGAACGGAUACGAAGCACGCAUUACACUAAGACAGGAUGCAGUGCCAAAGUUCCAUAGACCGCGACCGGUACCCUAUGCCCUACACAGUAAAGUAGACGAAGAACUGGACCGUUUGCAACAGGAGGGAAUAAUUCGACAAAUUAACAGAAGCGAGUGGGCAUCACCUAUUGUAAUUGUAAGGAAGGCUGACAGGUCAAUACGGGUAUGUGGUGACUACAAAGUUAGUGUGAACCCUUACCUAGAGACGGAAUGCUACCCAAUGCCUAACACGCAAGAGCUGUUUUCAACCCUAGCAGGGGGAAGAGUCUUUACUCGUUUGGACAUGAAACAGGCAUACCAACAAAUGAAGUUUAGCCCAGACUCUCAGGUAUACUUGACAAUCAAUACUAGCAAGGGACUCUUUGUGUAUACAAGGAUGCCGUUUGGAAUCACAUCUGCACCUUCUAUUUGGCAAAAGGCCAUGGAUGAAAUUUUAGCAGGCAUUCCAGGAUGCAUAUGCUACUUAGAUGACAUACUGGUAGUAGGAGGUAGCCAGGAGGAACAUGACCAGCGGUUAGACAUUGUGUUGGACCGACUGAAUAAGAGCGAGAAGGGGCUCAGACCAUUGGAGAGUAAGUAUGGAGCAAUUAGAGAGGCUCCCCAACCACAGAAUGUAACUCAAUUAAAGUCAUACUUGGGUUUACUCAACUACUAUGGUCGAUUUUUACCGAAUAUCUCAACAGCCCUCCAACCUUUGUACAAACUACUCCAGAAGUCUAUGCCAUGGAUUUGGAAGAAAUCACAACAAGAAGCUUUUGAAAAAAGCAAAGAGAAACUAUUGAAUUCGAGCUGCCUAACGCAUUACGAUUGGCAAAACCAUUACGACUCAAGUGUGACGCCUCGCCAGAAGGAAUUGGGGCUUGUUUAA